UCCGGGUCGCGGUGCGCGCCGAGAGCGGUCUGCGAACGGCGUCCUUUCCGUUGCCGGCUCUUUGCAGUUGGGGAAACUGAGGCAGCUGCGGCUUUCCCUCUGGUCCUCCGGCGUGCCUGUGAGGAAAGAAUGUUAAUUUCUUUAUGGGAGUUCUUCUAUGGGCACUUUUUUCGAUUUUGGAUGAAAUGGCUCUUACGACAGAUGACUGGAAAGUGUGAAUUACAGCGCAUUUUUGACACCUGUGUGGGUGCACAGAGGACACACAGGAUAGAAAAUUCCUUGACAUACUCCAAGAAUAAGAUUUUACAGAAAGCAACUCGGGUUGCUGAGAGUGAAGUGGACAGAUGUGUUAAGGAUAUAAUGAAGGUGAAGAAUAUUAACCCUGAGAAGGACACGAGCUUUAAAAUCUGCAUGAGAGCAUGCUUACUGCAGAUAACAGGAUAUAAACAGCUCUAUUUGGAUGUAGAAAAUGUGAGGAAAAGGCCAUAUGAUUCUGAUAAUGCACAACAUGAGAAGCUACUCCUCAAGCUCUGGAAUCUUCUGAUGCCCACGAGUAAGUUGAAGUCAAGAAUCUCCAAGCAGUGGGCUGACAUUGGUUUCCAGGGUGACGAUCCCAAAACUGACUUCAGAGGCAUGGGCAUCCUGGGCUUGAUCAACCUGGUGUAUUUCAGUGAGAAGUACACCAAGGAGGCUCAUCAGAUUCUUUCCCGCGCAAACCAUCCAAAAUUAGGGUAUUCUUAUGCAAUAGUUGGAAUCAAUCUUACAGAGAUGGCUUAUAGCUUACUGAAGAGUGAAGCAUUGAAGUUUCAUCUCUACAACUUUGUUCCUGGUAUGCCAACAAUGGAACACUUCCAUCAGUUUUACUGUUAUCUUGUCUAUGAAUUUGACAAGUUUUGGUUUGAAGAAGAACCAGAAAGCAUUAUGUAUUUCAACCUAUAUAGAGAGAAGUUUCACGAAAAGAUUAAAAGACUGUUAAUGGAUUGCAAUGUAGCACUUACUUUAAAAAUAUAAACCAUCCAUAGAAGCUUCUAUUUCUACCACAUUUUUGCACACACAACAGAAUUUAUACGUUGUAAUAGAAAUUGUCUGAUCAAUUACACUCUUAUAUAUAAUUUCCUACAAAAAUUCUUCAGAAUUUCUAUUUAAGAAAGCUAGUGGACAAUCAGUGUAUGUUUACAGUUUAUGUUGAUACACUGCUCUCCAAAGGUACCUUAUCCUUCCAAAGACCCCUCUGUAGGGUCUUACCACUGCAGUCGGGAACUUAGGACUUAGCCCAUUCAUGUCAAAGUAUAAAUCAGGUAUUUGUCACUUGGUUGAUGAAAUUGUGUUCAAAUCUGUUUUCAUCUUUUUGAUGUGCGAUAGCUAUCAAGUUGAGAUGUUUUUCAGUGCUCUUCAAGGAUUUUAGGUUUGGGUCCAGAAAUACAUGUUUUUUUCAUUGGCUUUGCAUUCUUUUUGCUUCGGGGCCGAUUAGCACCAGGUCCUCCUCUGUGGUCCUUUGUCUCCAUCCCAGCCCCUCAUCACUGGUAGCAACCAGAGUCUGGAGAUGGCCAGGAGCGGGGAGGGGGACCGUGGGAAUAGUGGCCUCUCUUUUGGUUUCUCUGAUUACUUAUGGGAAAUGAGUGAAUAGCAGGAUUGGUGACCAUCUUAUUUGUAUUAGAAUAACAUGCUUUAAAGUAUGACUGUUUCCUUAAGACUUAGAAGCAUUUGUUAAUAAGCUUCUUUGCAUUUUUUCAGUUAAGAACCUUAGUGCUUUGCUGUGAGAACCUAUCUGUGUUUAUGAAAAGCAAAUGAUAUUGCCAAGAAAAAUCUCAUUUUUUUUUUCAAAAGAAAGUUUGUUUUGAGAAGCAAAAGGAAAGCUUCCAUAAGCCUUGGUUAAGCAUCCUAGGUGUAUUGACUGCCGGUAACUUGGCUUUUGACGUCCUGGUGUUUCUGGAAAUGACUUUGGACCUGAACUGAAUGGGCUUGUUAACAGCUUGAGGAUGCUGACUGUGCAUUUUGUAGAGCGUUGUUCUCCUCAGGGCUCAGGAGGUAGCAUGUGCUGUGAUGAGAACCUCAUAGGAAUGAGUUCUUGGUGUGCUGUGGACAUUUCUCCUCAUCGCCAGUCGGCCUCGAAGAACUUAAAGAUAAGAAAGCUCAUCCAGUGGCUGAGGUCUCCUUACAUCUUAGGGAAAGAAACCUGGUUCACAUGUAACUUAAACGAUGCUUGCACAUUGUUUCAUGGGGUGUUUGUCCAUCAGGCGUGACAGGCAGGAUUCAUACUUUAUUUCUGUUGCUCAUAGCUGUUGAAGAGCUUCAGUCUCCAGACUUGUCAGAGACAAGAGAGAGCAAACGUCCAGUGGGAAACCCACAGAUGCAGUGUUACAUAACACAUACCUUGAAGUGCAUGGAUUAAAAUUAUUUUUUCCUCUGUAAGAUGAAAGUAUUUUUAAAA